UAAAUAUAUAUGAAAUCAUAAAAAUCAUAUCAAGUCUCACUUCCCUAACUUAUAACUUUCUGAACACAUUUCGAGCCUAGAUAGAAUCUGUAAGGAUAGAAUUAGAGUUGAUAAUCGUAACUUUAUGAACGGUAAAAAGAAGUUGCUGGAAGACAUAGAUCUUCUACCUGAGAAUUGCGUGCAAUUUAAAGAGCAUAUUUUAUAUCGAAUAAAAUUAUAAAUAAAUUUUUCGGUAUGUCUGACUGGGAUACUGCGCCUAUUACUUUGCGAAAACGUGCACCUAAAGCUUCUACAUUAAAAUCCGAACAGGCAGUAAAUGCAGCUCGACGUCAGGGUUUUGCUAUUGAAACACAGGCAAAAUGGGGUGGUGGUGCAAAUAAACAACACGUUACCACAAAGAAUACGGCUAAAUUAGAUCGUGAAACUGAGGAACUAAAACACGAUAAAAUUCCUCUUGAUUUGGGAAAGCUUAUACAGCAAGGUCGACAAAGUAAAGGAUUAUCGCAGAAAGAUCUUGCUACGAAAGUGAAUGAAAAGGCACAAGUAAUAAAUGAUUACGAAGCAGGCCGUGGAAUCCCCAAUCAAAUGGUUAUUGGUAAAAUUGAGCGAGUACUUGGCAUAAAAUUGAGGGGAAAGGAUCGUGGGAAACCAUUAAUAGCCCCCGGGACGAAGAAGUGAAUCUCGGGGGAGUUGGAAUCUUUACUUUCUAUCCUUAUAUAUUGCUCCAGCAAAAACUGUAAGAAAGAUGGUAGAAACAAAGUAAUUGAAUUACCUACCUUUCUUUCCUUUGGUUAUUUUGAUAUUACGUGCUACAGUUUCUUUUUCUGUAAAAUAAAACAAGUGAUACUUAUGAAUACAUAUUAGAAUAUCAUAAUUAUAAAUUCAAUAAAGUUUAUUCAAUUACCUUUA